AUGUCCUCAUUAGUAUCACAGGAGGAGAUUGAACAAGGGCCUGCAUCAACAGAAAACAAUCUCCAGGUGGAAGAUGCAAGCCAUGCUAAGCUGGUAGACCUAGUAUCUUGGCUUACUAAUAAAAUAGACAAGAAUAUUCAAGAAAUUCAAGUCGAUAUACAGAACCAUAAAGAGGAUACAGAGAUUAAGUUUCAAGAUCUGGAGGUUUCUGUAUCUCAGAGUAACAAGGAGCUAGCUAAGUAUGGUAUCCUGGAGAAAGAAUUCCUAGAAUUCAAGGAAAGUUGUGCACAAACCAAUUUGGGAUUAAGUACACAGGUUCACCAGCUUCAGAACUCAAUCUGUCUCAAGGUUGAAAACCAUACGGAGCUCAACUCAAGGAUUGAAAGUAUAAAAGAGAUUGAAUCCUUGAAAAAUGAGGAGAUUAAUAAACAACUUGACAACCUGGAACUUAGAAUUCAGGGUUGCACGGAAACCAAUAUCAGAUUAAAGAACGGUAUCUCGGAGAACCGGAGAAGGACGGAGGAACAGGAGGAGAAGUUUGUAUCCGAACUCAGGACAUCGGAGAAGAAAACCUCUGAGACCUUUAUCUUGUUCCAGAAAUUAAAGGACAGGUUGGAGUUUAUGAGAACAGGAUUGGAAAAAGAUUUAGAGAAUCUUAGUUCUAGAUGGUUGUGUGUAGGUGUGGAGGGAGAGCUGCAGAAUCUAGAGAGGAGUAUAGUUGAGCUCCAGGAGAAGAUCCUGGUUAGGUUGGAGGAAACAAGGAAUAAACUCAGUAUCCAGGAUUCAGUUCACAAUAAACUCUCUACCCAGGUUAAAACAAGUCUGGAUCAUCAGAGCAAUUCUCAGACCAACCAGGAUACAAACAUUCACAAAAUCAGGUGUAGUAUAGAGCAGAUGCUGGUUGAGCUGGAGGGUUUAACGACCAAGGUUGAGGAGAAGGGGAGGGAGGAAAGCAGUGUCCAGCGAGGGAAGAUGGAGAGGUUGGAUUCUUUACUCCAGGGGCAGGGAACAGUAGAGGAGAAAAUCAGAGUUUUAGAGGAGCAGGUUCGGAGUAUUGAUGAAACCCUCUCCAAGAGUUACCAAGAACAGAUGAGCCAUGUUAUCAGUAUAACAGAGAACCAGAGUAAAUUAAGCGGAACCUUGACUGAGAAAUGGGGAGUUCUGGAUAUAAACAUUAGAACUAUGAAGGGAGACUUAAGAAAGAAUAUUGACUCCGAGCGUAAAGAAAUAGAGGAACAGAUCGGGACUGAGAAGGUUGGGGUUGAAGAGCAGCUUCAACAAAUCAGGAAACUUAUCUCCGACUCCUCGGUGAUACUGGAAACAGAACUGAGAGAGCUCCAAGAGAAGAUCCUAAGUGUUGAGGAGAAUAUCAAGAAGGAUUUAAACCUGAACUUGAAGAAGGUUACGGAGAAUAUUGAUAGGUUGGGCAGUGAUGAGGUUUCAGUUGCUAUUGAUAAUAUGCAUACUUUCAGCUCAAGGAUUAGAGAGCUUGAGGUUCGGAUCGGAGAGAUGGAAAACCUUGUUGCUGAGCAUCCUAGAGAUUGGAAGAAUAAUCUUCUCUUCCAUGGGAUAGAGAUACAACCUAAGGAGACCUUUUACAGCCUUGCUUUAAUAGUAUCUAAGAUUAUCAGGAGAAGUUUAGGAGUGAGAAGAGAGAUGAUGGUAACAGGGAUACAGAGAUUAAACCCAUCCCACUCGGAUAUACAUGGAACACCUCCUCUAGUAGUAACCCUUCAGUAUCCCCAGGACAGGGAAGAAUUAAUGUCAAGACUUGAUUUACUCAAGGGUUCAAAUAUAAAGAUCACUGAAGAUAUGUCACGAAGUAUGAGGGAGGAGUGGGGAGAGUUGUACAGGUUUAUGGUUCGGGUUCGGGAGAGAUAUCCGAGUAGUGUUUGUAUACUGCAGGAGAACAGAUUAUAUGUGGAUAAUAAGAUAUUCGUUUGGGAUAAAUCUAAACAAAAGGUUGCAGAGCAACCAAGAUUGGUUCUUUCUAACUCCGGAGUACAAAUACCAAACAAAGUUAAAUCAAGCCGACAUUCAUAAAUUAAUAUUUUUGUAAAAUGAAAUAAAUGUUAUAAUUUACUAUUUGAAAUAAAUUCUUUAAUUUUUUAA